AUGGAGGCAGACGUUAUGCAGGAGGAGGAGAGCCUCGCUGCCGCCUUGAAGCAGCUCGUCACCCUGGGCAAUGCGCUACUUCAACAGGCUAAGAAAGAUGCUGAGGUCUCCAUGGAAGAUUUUGUCCCAUAUAAAAUUGCAACUUUGCUGGGCCUAAUUGCAGCCGGAGCAGACUUCUACAAAAGUAUUGGAGUGAAGAAAAAGAGUGAAGCUGAGGCCGCGUGGCAGAAGUUGUAUCGUCAUGCAGCAGUGAGGGAAAAGGUUGAUGAGCUCCUCGAACUCAAGAGCGAGUGGGACUCCUUUCUGGAGCAUGUGGACAAAAGUCUUCAGUCGUCGUGUGCUCCUGUGUCAUCAGGAGGACAAGUGGCAGACAUUUUUAGCUCUGAAACUUUGUUGACUGAUGGACGCAGUGGAAAGCGAGUCUCUCUGGAUCAGUACCGUUCUCCGGGUGAGAAGCUUCUACUGGUCCUCAUCAGGCACUUUGGAUGACUGCCGUGACGUGAUCACGUGGCCGAGCUGGGCGAGAGCAUAGCUGCUCUUGAGGCUCGGUCUGUGAAAGUCGUGGUGGUGUCGUUUGGGCCCUUGAAGGGGGCUCGUUUGUGGUUGCAGCAGACAAAAUGCACCAUGGACUUGGUCUUGGAUCCACACAGGAAGAUUUACCGUAGCUUUGGACUCGUCUCCUCUUGUGCUAAAGUCAUGAAUUUUGACUCCAUGCUUCGAUAUUCUGAGUACCAAGCUGCGAAGAGAGACUUCCCAGAAUUCCCAAUGCACAUGCUAGAGGACAUUUACCAGAUGGGAGGUGACUUCCUACUCAGCGACACCAACAAAGUCCUCCUGUCCCACCCGAGCAAGUACCCAAUGGAUCGACCUACCGUCACCGACAUUCUGCAUGCGGCGUCUGAUUCGACUAAACUAGUUGCGCAGGAAGCCAGCAGGAGCAGCUCUACGAUGCACGCUUAUGACGUCACACCUCACACUCACGCGACCGUGAAGAGGUGCGACCGAUGCCAAGCCGUGCAGAACAGAUGUCCGUUCCUUGCUGUCAAGUCCAUGCUAUAA